AUGUCAACUUACAUGCAGGCAGAAGUACACUAUGUCGUCACUGGUAUUUAUCUUACGCGAAGUGUUGCUUACUCAAUCACAAUAGCAGUUAAAGGUUUGGAUUUGCACUAUUCGAAGAUUCUAGAAGGCUUUGCAGCGAUUGAUAUCUCAAGCAACAAAUUUGAAGGUAAGAUUCCAGAAUUCAUUGGGAACCUUAAGGAGCUUCGCUCACUCAAUAUUUCCGGCAACAUUCUCACAGGUUCUAUUCCAUCAUCCUUGGGGAACUUAAGGAAACUUGAAUCGUUGGACCUUUCUCAAAACAAGCUCUCAGGGCAGAUCCCCCAACAACUGAUGCAGCUUUCAUUCCUUGGGACCUUUGAUGUGUCUCACAACAAUCUCACAGGUCCUAUACCGCAAGGUACCCAACUUACUUCCUUCAAUAGCACUUCAUAUGAGGGAAAUCUUGGAUUGUGUGGAGAUCCAUUACCAAACAAAUGCGGAAAUCAAGAGGCCCCUCAACCGCCACCUUCAACUGAAGAAGAUAAUGGUUCAGGCUCAACUGGAAUGGUUGAAUUUGAUUUGAAAUUCGGUUUGGCUGGAAUUGGAAGUGGGUUUGUAGUGGGAGUUGUUCUUGCGGAUGUCGUGAUCACAAGAAGGCAGGAGUUGUUUCUUAGGGUCGUUGGAAUGGUGAGGCUAAUGAUAUGGAAAAGGUAG